GGGUGAUCAUGCUGGUUGGUUGGCUCCAGGGGAAACGCUUAUUAGACAUGUUCACCAUCGGUGUCAGCCUGGCGGUGGCAGCCAUCCCCGAGGGUCUACCCAUCGUGGUGACGGUCACCUUGGCCCUCGGAGUGAUGAGGAUGGUCAAGAAGAGGGCAAUUAUCAAGAAGCUGCCCAUCGUGGAGACACUUGGCUGCUGCAACGUCAUCUGCUCAGACAAGACGGGGACUCUGACCAAGAACGAGAUGACCGUCACUCACCUGUUCACCGCCGAUGCACUUCAUGUUGAGGUGACAGGCGUGGGUUACAACGGAGCCGGGGAGGUGUUACUGCACGGGGAGGAGAUCCACGGCUUCUCAAACACCUCCGUCAGCAAGAUUGUAGAGGCUGGUUGCAUAUGUAAUGACGCUGUCAUCAGGAACAACACCCUGAUGGGACGCCCCACUGAGGGGGCCCUCAUCGCCCUGGCCAUGAAGAUGGGUCUAGAAGGGCAGCAGCAGGAGUAUGUACGUCUGGAGGAAAACCCUUUCAGUUCAGAACAGAAGUGGAUGGCCGUCCGCUGUGUCCACCGCACUCAGCAGGACCAGCCAGGUGUGUAUUACAUGAAGGGGGCUUACGAGCAGGUCAUCCGAUUCUGUAGCUACUACCACAGCAAAGGUGCAACACUACCUCUCAACCACCAGCAGAGGGAGCUCUACCAGCAGCAGAAGAGUUACAUGGGCUCCUCAGGCCUCAGAGUUCUGGCUUUUGCGUCGGGUUCGGAAAUGGGCAACCUGUCGUUCCUGGGCCUGGUGGGCAUCAUCGAUCCGCCCAGGUCAGGGGUCAAAGAGGCUGUGGGCACGCUCAUCAGCUCAGGAGUGGCCAUCAAGAUGAUCACUGGAGACUCCCAGGAGACCGCUGUGUCCAUAGCGGGCCGUCUGGGAAUCUACACCAAGGGCUCCCAGUCUCUGUCUGGAGAGGAGGUGGACCAGAUGGACCUCCAACAGCUGUCUCAGAUGGUGCCCAGGAUCGUGGUGUUCUACCGGGCCAGCCCCAGACACAAGCUGAAGAUAGUCAAGUCUCUCCAGAACAUUGGUGCUGUGGUGGCGAUGACGGGUGAUGGUGUGAAUGAUGCCGUAGCGCUGAAAGCAGCAGACAUCGGCGUUGCCAUGGGCCAGACUGGCACUGACGUUUGUAAAGAGGCAGCAGACAUGAUCCUAGUGGAUGAUGACUUCCAGACCAUCUUGUCUGCCAUCGAGGAAGGGAAAGGCAUUUACAACAACAUUAGAAACUUUGUCCGCUUCCAGCUAAGCACGAGCAUUGCAGCGCUCACCCUCAUCUCCCUGGCAACGCUGAUGAACUUCCCCAACCCUCUGAACGCCAUGCAGAUCCUGUGGAUCAACAUCAUCAUGGACGGACCUCCCGCUCAGAGUCUGGGAGUGGAGCCAGUGGAUAAGGAUGUCAUACGGAAGCCUCCGAGGAAUGUGCGGGACAGCAUCCUCACACGCAGUCUGUUAGUCAAGGUGCUGGUGUCGGCACUCGUCAUCGUAUGCGGCACCCUGUUCGUCUUCUGGAGAGAGCUGCAGGACAAUCUGAUCACUCCCAGAGACACCACCAUGACCUUCACCUGUUUUGUGUUCUUCGACAUGUUCAACGCCCUCAGCUCACGCUCACAGACUCGUAUGGUCCAUGAGAUGGGCCUGUGCAGUAACAAGAUGUUCUGCUACGCGGUGCUGGGUUCCAUCAUGGGCCAGCUGGCGGUCAUCUACUUCCCUCCACUGCAGAGUGUCUUCCAGACAGAGAGCCUCAGCAUCUUUGACCUGCUGUUCCUGGUGGGCCUCACGUCCUCUGUCUGCAUGGUCUCUGAGGCCAUAAAGUGGGUGGAGAGGUGGAGAGCGGUGAGGGAGAGGAGAACCACAGUGGCUGAAGAAGACUCCUUCCACGAUGUAUGACGCACAUUGCGUUCUGUGUGACAGAGAAGAUGGGGGAGAGGAGGGGGCGGGGCUGGGUUGUUUGUGGGUGGGGGGUACAUGUAGAUGGGAUGCAAUGGUUAUUUGGUCGGAACACAGGGACUGGAGAGAGAACUCAAACAGUUGCUGUCCCUCGCUGGUAUUCACUGUUCAGUCAUGGAUUGGAAGUGGGCGAGGAGGAUCUCAACCUUACAGUGCCCCCCUGCCCUCCACCUCUCCCCUGCGAGAAGCAUUGGCGUGCUGCUUUCAGACUGUACCAUCCUCCAGGAACUCAGGAGGGGAUUUAUUUAUGAGACAUUGUAACUGUUGUUCAUGUGGCAACUAUUCAUGUCUAUGGUGUCGUGAUCUGAGAGGACAAUGUUACUGCUCGUAGAUCAACUACUCACGUCUAGGUUUUAAGACCAAUUAAGGACAGCAUAAUUGUUUGUAGAGCAACUAUUCAUGUCUUGGGGUUCAUGAACAUAAAUGGAAUUUUGUAACUGUUCUUAUUCGUCAUCACCUUGCUUCAAGUGCAGGUAGCUAACCAUAGCUUUGUAGAAGUAUAGAGAUGUUACUUUCAUGCAUUCCAGCGUUUCAUGCUAGUAGCAAUCUCACCAUCAACUUCAAACCAAUUUAGGAUUGAUAAUUGUGAGCAUACUUUUGUUUUGUUUUGGUAUAGACUUUAGGAAGAGUUGACCACUAAACCGUGUUAUUUUGGUGGAUGAAUAUAAUACAUUUUCUUCAGAAGAUAAGUUUGGUUUUUCUCACAUAUUAGGGCUGAUGGCCUUCAUUUGGCGGUUCAUUUAAUAUCACUCUGGCUAUCUAUUUAGUUGCCCCUGGAGACAUUCUGUGUUUUGGACCAUCAAUCAGCAGUUUAUUUUCCCAGUGAUCAAGCAGUACUAUACAGUUAAUUCUAUCCCAGUCCCCACCCUCCCAGCCACGGUCUGCCUCCCCAAAAUCUUUCACUUGCCCUGUAUCAAACCUACAUUAUUUUUUCAAUUUAGGGAAUGAACUGUUUGCCUUGAAUGAAAGGCACAGAGGUAUUUGGUCCAGUGCUGUCAAAAAUGUUAUUUUUCCUGUGUUUUAUAUGUAUUUUCACACUAUGAGGUUGGAAUAGUACUGUGAAAUGAUGAUAAUGCCAUUUUAGUGUAAGAGCUGUUUGAAAAAUGCCAGCCUGUUUUGGUGGAAUGGAGUUUUGGCCUGCCUGAUGACAUGCCAAUAAUAGCUGGUUUUCAGUUUUCCCCUCCCCACUCAGCCACUCCUAGACAGUCAUAGCAACAUUUUUGCUUGAGGAAAUUCCUCUUGCUAAGAAGCUAUUUUAGUUUGUUUUUGACUGCUUUUUGAUUGAAGAAGGUCACUUUAAGGUACUUAUUUGUUACCCAGAAAUGAUUUGAUAUUGAGAUAAAAAAACAGCCGCAAUGGGCCUUUUAAUAUUCUGCCUCUAUUUUACACACUGUAAAUUAAGUGCAAAUAUUUAUCUCCAUGACAACCAUUUACUGUACAUGCACUGUUCAUAUACAUUUUGCUUGUGUCUUGGGUCAAAAGUGGCCAUUUUAAGCACAUUUUUCUCUUCAUGCUCUUUCCAGAAGCCUCCGAGGCCUUGUUUUGGUACAGCUAGACAUACCUGGGUUUUAUUUCACAAUGCAGAAUCACUCAAUUAACAAGCUUGUUUUGAUAAUCAUUUACAUUAAAUAUAAUUGAAUUCCCAGGUUUAUAAAGACAGGUUCAGUUGAUAAUGGGUUAUUUGAGUCAUACCCAUUCCAGGUUUAUUUCUUUAUGAACCAGGAGAUGGAGUUGUUUCAGCAUUUUUAGGACCGGGAGCUAAUUCAUUGAUGUUGCUUUCCAAAUGAGUUUUUGUCUGUGCUAUGGAUGGCAACAGAAGUCCUCUACCUACCGCAGCACCUAGCGGGUACAGGCUAACAUCGCCAGCUCUUUCUAUUAGACAUGUUCUUUAUUUUACAAGAGGUUAUACUCUCUGCUUUGGUCCAUUUGACAGGCCAAAUCAGCUACAAUUAUUUUAAUUUUUUAUUUAUGAUUUGUUGUGUGUGUUGCACAGCUGAAGACAGUACUCUGUUGUGUUGGUAUGAGAAUAAAUCUGUACAUUAAUGAAAA